GCAAGAGACCCACAGGAUGCAGAGUAGAUGAAGACUGGAGGAACCUGGUUGGUUAUGCCUGCUAAUUGGCCAGGGCUUGCUGGCUUCGGGACCCAGACAUUUUUCAAUUGAAUGGAGAAAUACGAUGGAUUUCAGAAAAUUCAAGGUGCUUGUGUGCCUUGUGGGGCUCAGCUGUGCCAGCUUAUGUUAUUUUUACAUGAAUUUGACUGGACUCUCUAUAUUCUAUGGAAAAAAACAAAAUUGCAUACUACAAACAUUUAGGAGAUUUGAAAGAAACUUCUUGCAGCUCCCAGAUAUAGAAUGCCAUAAGAACCCGCCUUUCCUUGUCCUGCUUGUGGCAUCCUCAAGUCAAGACGUCGAUGCCAGGAUGGUCAUCCGGCAAACCUGGGGGAAGGAGAGAACGGUGGCUGGCAAGCGCCUGGUGACAUAUUUCCUCCUGGGAGCCCCUGUGAAUCUUGGACAGCAGGCUGACAUCAGUGCUGAAAGCCAAAAAUACAAAGACAUUAUUCAAAAGGAUUUUAUGGACACAUACUACAAUUUGACUUUAAAGACCAUGAUGGGAAUCGAAUGGGUUCACCGGUUUUGUAACCAGUCCAGCUUUGUGAUGAAAACUGACACAGAUGUAUUUGUCAAUGUUUUUUACCUCACUGAGCUGCUUCUAAAGAAAAAUAGGACCACAGGGCUUUACACAGGCUUUCUAAAACUGCAUGAGCACCCCAUAAGGAAAAAUGAGAGCAAGUGGAAUGUGAGGAUGGAGGAAUACUCGGGUAAGACUUACCCGCCAUUUUGUUCAGGGACUGGGUAUGUUUUAUCCACCGAUCUUGCUAGUCAGAUCUAUAAUGUUUCGGAGAGCAUUUCAUUCAUCAAACUGGAGGAUGUGUUCAUAGGACUGUGCCUUGACAAAUUAAAAAUUCAGCCAGAGGAACUUCAUUCAAAACAGACAUUUUUUCCAGAAAAGAUUCCAUUCUCUGUUUCUCGCUUUAAGAAGAUUGUGACAUGCCAUAAAGUAAGCUUAUUUGAACAGCGGAGCUACUGGAAUCAGUUAGUGACAGAAGAACAUGGGAUCGUGCUCUAGCACCCUCCCUGAUUGAAUUAACAAACCGAAAUGCUUUGAAUUUACAGGGCUGCACUUGACUCCAGCAGAACUCCCAAUUAAUUCUAGAUCCAUCAUGUUAAAGACAUUUCUUAUGGUUAUUUUAGUUCCCAUUUCUGUCUCAGAGCACUGUAACACGUUUCUCUCCCAUUCACUUCUACCUCUUUUCAUCCAUUCUCUACAUAAACAACUUUUUUUUUUUUUUAAUGGAAGAUGCGGGCCCCCAAACCUGCCUUCUCCAUGGAUUAGCUCUCAAAAUCAUGCUGCUACCAGACAGGGAAUAUUUCUGCAGUGCAAAGACAAACAAAAAACAACAAGGCACUUGCAUUUAGAGAAAAUAAUUGCACCCUCUUCCCUGUCUCCCUUAAGAGAU